GAAGAAACCCAUUCAGCAACCCCACAACCCUAUCAGUCUCUACCGAUCCUCACCUUUACUUACCCCAGCCCUCAGAAAAUGAAAGCCUUCCUCGCCCUCCUCCUUUUCCUCUCACAAACCACCGCCCUCGUAACCCCCUGCAUCAUCGGCGGCACCGAAGUCCCCAUCGAAGCCCACCCCUACCAGAUCGCCCUCCUCUACGGUGGCGCCCGCACCUGCGGCGGCAGCAUCCUCAGCCCCGCGCACAUCAUCACCGCCGCCCACUGCGUCGCCAGCGCGGCCCCGAGCCGCCUCCGCAUCCGCGCGGGCUCCGCCCUCUGCGACGCCGGCGGAAUCGUGGUCAGCGUCGCCGCGAUCGCCAUCCACCCGAACUACUCCGCCCCGACCGUCGACAACGACCUCGCCGUUUUGACCUUGUCCCGGAAUCUGACUUUUGGCCCGAAGAUCGCGCCCGUGGGGUUGCCCGCGGUCGGGGCGGAUACGCUUGUCCCCGGCGCCGAGGUGGUGGUCUCGGGCUGGGGCGCGACCGGCGAGGGCGCCGCAAACUCCCCGUCCCUGCGGGCUGUGACGGUGUCGGUCGUCGGGAGGGAGGAGUGCCGUGCCGAAUAUCGGGGGUUCGGGCCGGUGACUGACAGUAUGUUCUGCGCGGGGACGCCCGCGGGCGGGAGGAAUGCUUGUGGCGGGGAUAGUGGGGGGCCUGCUGCUGCCCGUGGGGUUUUGGUGGGGGUGGUCUCGUGGGGGCAUGGCUGCGGACGGAAGGGUUUUCCCGGGGUUUAUGCAAGCACGUCAUUUUUGAGGGGCUUUAUUGGUCGGGUUACGGGGUUGUAG